CCCGCCAACCCCUGUACUUUCGGUCCGUCUCGCUCGCGGUCCCCUCCGCGCACUUCCGUCCGUCUCUGAUCCUCUGCCCAGCAAGUGUGCGCUUAGCUGUGCAUUUCUUCCGGGUCAGGUCAAUAGGGUCAAGUGUGAGUGCGGUGUGCAGUUGCUCCUGAAGGCGCGGCUUGUUCGUGACCUGCCAGCGCUGCCCGUUCCCUCCCCGUCCAGCCUGCCGACCAUGCCCGCGGGCGUGCCCUGGUCCACCUACGUGAAAAUGUUCGCGGCCAGCCUCCUUGCCAUGUGCGCGGGGGCCGAAGUGGUACACAGGUACUACCGGCCCGACCUGACAAUACCUGAAAUUCCACCAAAGCCUGGAGAACUCAAAACGGAGCUUUUGGGACUGAAGGAGAGACAACAGGAACCUCACAUUUCUCAGCAGUAGGAUCUUCAAAAUACAACUCUGCCAAACAUUCUGGGAAUAAGAUUAUAAGCCUUAAAUAAAUAUUUUUAAAUGUAUUCAGUUAAACUAUCCGUCCUUAGGUACCCGACCCAAUGCUACUAUACAGGGAGGUGCUCAGUAGAUACUGACUGGUACCCGGAAUUGAAUUAUGGUUUGAUUACUAUUUCUUGAAAAUUGCCAAAGAGCAUAUCAUUAGCUUCUUGAAUGUGGUUCGGAAGUCACUUGGUUUGUAAUGCCAUGUGAGAUAGAGUACUUGCAAUGUCUCUUGCUGUUCUAAUCUUGUUAAUUCCUUUGAGUCAGCAAAUGGGAAUUAUAAAUUAAGUAUAAUAAAUAAUUUUGACAAUGAA